CUAAAAUCCUAUAGAUUUAUCUCAUGACUGCCACGUUGGCAAACGAUUGAUUAGUGCCUUAUCUUUGAUACAGUUUGAAAUAAAAAGAGCGUAAAUUAUUUAUACAUGCAUAUUGUUACCGAAACUAGAUCAAAUAGGCACAUAAUGAAGAGUCUCAUUCUUUUGUCCUUGUUCCUUCUGGCACAAGUUUAUAGCCAGGAGAAAGAACUUGAAUGGUUCGAGACCACUGUUUUCUACCAAAUCUAUCCUAGAUCUUUCAAGGACAGUGAUGGAGAUGGCAUUGGAGAUUUAAACGGUAUAACCGAAAGUUUGGAAUAUCUCAAGGACUUGGGCGUUGAAGCAACUUGGUUGUCUCCGAUUUUCAAAUCGCCAAUGUAUGAUUUCGGUUACGAUAUAGCGGAUUUUUAUAACAUUCAAGAAGAAUAUGGAACUAUGGAAGAUUUUGAUAAACUGAUCAAUAAAGCAAAUGAAUUGGAUAUAAAAAUUGUUCUCGACUUCGUACCCAAUCAUACUAGUAACGAAAGUGUAUGGUUUGAAGAAGCCCUAAAAGGUCAUAAAAAAUAUUAUGAUUACUUUAUUUGGGAAGAUGGUGUAGUCAACGAAAAUGGAGAACUUGGCCCGCCUAACAACUGGGUAAGCGUGUUCCGUAAAAGCGCCUGGGAAUACAGAGAAGAAGUCGGCAAAUAUUACCUCCAUCAAUUUGUGAUCGGUCAGCCAGACUUAAACUUCCGCAACCCCGAAGUUGUAGAAGAAAUGAAGAAUAUUAUUCGUUUUUGGCUGAACAAGGGUGUAGCUGGAUUUAGAAUUGACUCUAUUGUACAUUUGUUCGAAGUAGAUAAAGCAUUGCAUGGAGGAAAGUAUCCCGAUGAACCACUAUCAGGAGAUUUAAAUGCUGACCCAAUGGACUAUAAUUAUUUGAAUCAUAUAUAUACAAUAGAUCAAGAUGAAACAUUCGACAUGGUUUGCGAAUUUAGAGAAGUCUUUGACGAGUUUAAAGCCAAAGAUGGAUUAAGUAGAGUAAUGAUGACUGAGGCUUAUUCUAGUCCUCAAAAUAUUGUAAGAUACUUUGGGAAGGGCGAUCGAGAAGGCGCAGAUAUGCCAUUUAACUUUUUAUUUAUUUCUAAUGUAAAUGGAGAUUCAACCGCAGCUGAAAUAAAAUAUACACUUGAUGCAUUUCUAACAUUCAAACCAGUUAACAAAUUAGCAAACUGGGUGGCUGGGAAUCACGAUAGAAGCAGAGUCGCGUCUAGGUUCAGUCCUGAACUUGUGGAUGGUAUUAAUAUGAUCAUGCUUCUUCUACCUGGGAUUGCCGUUACGUACAUGGGUGAAGAAAUUGGAAUGGUUGAUGGUUACGUAAGUUGGGAAGAUACUGUUGAUCCAAGUGGUUGCAAUACUGAUGACCCUAUCAAUUAUUGGAUUACCUCCAGAGAUCCUGAGAGAACGCCUUUUCAAUGGAAUGCUGAUAAAAAUGCUGGUUUUUCAUCUGGAGAAAAGACAUGGCUGCCUGUAGCUGACGGUUAUGAAACCCUCAAUGUGGAAGUACAAAAAGCUACUGAUCGCUCACAUAUUAACGUUUACAAAAGCCUUGUGAAACUGCGUGCUGAAAAUGUUUUUAGACAUGGAAGAUACGAAUCUGUUGCUUUCAAUAAUGACAUCUUUGCUUUCAGAAGAUGGUACAACGGUGAAAAUUACGUCGUGGUCAUUAACUUCAGAAACGUUCCACACACCAUCGAUUUGAGAUACUUUGAGAAUGUUAACGGGAAUUUGGAAGUAGUCGUGAGCAGCAUAAAAUCGCCAAAGAAAUCAGGGUCUAACGUGGACGCUUCAGCUGUGAAUAUAGUCGAGAACGAAGCACUAGUAAUGAGAGUUUUGUGAGGAACCUCGGUUUUCUCAAAUUAAGAUCCUACAGAUUAAACUUGCCAAAGGACGACGAUUAAUUUACUUAAUAUAUGCAAAAUAUAAAAUAGA